ACAUUACUUUGUUCACUAGCGAAUUUUUAUGCGAUUGUUACUUUUUUUCUAUUACUUUUUUUACUUAUAUUUUCACUUGCGACAUAAGCAUAAGCAUAAAUGUAGUCUUUGUAAUAUUUUUUAUUUGUAUCUUUUGUUAUUUUUCACUCCUUUAGUGGUAACGAAAACAGCUUCAGGUGUGAAGGUGGCAGCUGGAGGUGGCGCCACUAACAAUGGCAACAGCAACGGUGCUGCACGACGCACUCCAACCGCUGAGCCAUCAGACGGCGCACGCCCACCACAAACGGGGGCUAAUGGCAAGUCAGGCGUCUCGGCGGGCAAGGAAAAGUCAGCAUUGCUUACCAACAAAUGUAUACUGAGGACCAUCACCGCAUUUCUGGCGAGCAACAAACGCAACUCCUACAAUGCACAAAUGCGCGCCAAACAGACGAAUAGACGACGUCGCCAGCGCAAGAUGGACGAGUUGAGCGGCAAAAUUAAUCCGAAAUUGUUGGAGAACUUGCGCAAAAAGACAAAGUUCACCAAAGCUGAGGUCGAUGCUUUGUGUCGAAUCUAUCGAAAACUCAUUUCAAAUUGUCAAUAUUCAGCAAAAGCAUUGGCAACCGGUAGCUCAAGUGCGGCAAUAGUAAAACCGCAUGCAACAGUGGAGGGCAUUGAUCGCGUUGUGUUCCGCGAACUGUUGCACAGCACAUUCGAUAUUGUAACCGAAGAAAUUCUCAUGGAGCGCAUAUUUUCUUGUUGGGAUCGCGCACAUGAGGGCCUACCAUUACGUUUGGAGGGUUGGUUGACCGGCUUGUCGAUAUUCCUACGUGGCUCAUUAGCCGAGCGCGCAAACUUUUGCUUUCGCGUUUACGACUUGAAUAGUGACGGGUUCAUCGCGAAGGAUGAGAUGUUUACAUUGUUGCGUAAUUGUCUUAUCAAACAACCACAAGAUGAAGAUCCCGAUGAGGGUGUUAAGGAUUUGGUGGAGAUAGUGCUGAAAAAAUUCGAUUUGGACAAUGAUGGCAAGGUUUCAAUAGAGGAUUUUAUGGGCACUCUAGCGGCUGAACCCUUGCUGUUGCAAGCCUUUGGACAAUGCUUACCAUCUGAGACGGCCACUGUUUCAUUCUUUUCAACAUUACAAAUAUAAAUUUCCAGUUAUAUUAUAUUAAUUUAGUUUAAAUGCAUUAAAAUAUUUAACAAUAUAAGAAGAAAUGUAAACGAAAA